GUGAAGAAGGCAAUUAAGAAGUAUUCCUCUCGGAUUGAUGACAUCUACUAAGCCAAGAAUUGAAAAGUCGCUGUGUAGUAGCUACCGGGUAGUUAGCCAACGCUCUUCUUACCUCUCAAAUACUAUAAGUAAUCAAGAAACUAAGCGAUGAAGCCCGCCGGAGUGUUGGCCGGAGUUUUCCUACUGGUGGCAGUAUACUGCGCUCUGGACCCGUUCAAGCACGGCGCAUUCUCGGAGUUCCCGGACUUCGAGGUGUACGAGGUGGAAACGCCGGCUUGGUCAGAGCUUCCGCUGGAGAAGGACACCCAGAACCUUCUUCAGAAGUCGGAAAUUAAGUUCCCCAGCCAAAUUCACGGCCCGGAGAGCAUCGCCUUCGACCCGCAAGGCCGGGGGCCCUACACCGGCGUCGCCGACGGCAGGGUUUUGAUGUGGAACGGCGAGAAAUGGAUCGAAUUUGCCUAUACCUCCGCUAACAGGUCUAGUGUGUGUGACCCAAAACCAAACCCAACCCCUGUGAGCUAUGUAAAGGAUGAGCACAUCUGUGGCAGACCUUUAGGUUUGAGAUUUGACAGAAGAACUGGUGACUUAUACAUUGCAGAUGCAUAUUUUGGGUUGAUGAAGGUUGGACCUGAAGGUGGGCUAGCAACAACACUAUCAACUGAGGCUGAAGGAGUGCCUAUUACAUUUGGGAAUGAUGUGGACGUUGACGAUGAAGGGAACGUCUAUUUUACAGAUAGCAGUACUAAAUAUCGCCGAAGGAAUUUUUUGCAGCUGGUUUUCUCGGCAGAAGAUUCAGGGAGGGUUCUCAAAUACAACCAAGCAACAAAAGAAACCACCGUUCUAGUGCGCAAUCUCCAGUUUCCAAACGGUCUGUCUCUGAGUAAGGACGGGACCUUCUUUGUAUAUUGCGAAGGUUCCAAGGGCAGAUUAUCCAAGUACUGGCUGAAAGGCGAGAAAUCAGGGACAACAGAAGUUAUGGCGAUUCUGCCAGGUUACCCCGACAACAUUAGAACUAACAAAAGAGGUGAAUUCUGGGUAGCAGUCCACUGUCGUCGAACAUUGUACAGUUACAUAUGCAGUGUGUACCUGAAACUGCGGAAAUUCUUGCUGAAGCUUCCGAUUUCUGCAAAGCUGCAUUACCUGAUGCACAUCGGGGGUCACCUUCAUGCAAUCGCGGUGAAGUAUAGCCCAGAAGGUAAGGUUCUGCAAGUUUUGGAAGACAGACCAGGGAAAGUUGUGAGGGCUAUUAGUGAGGUGGAGGAGAAGGAUGGCAAACUGUGGAUGGGCAGUGUCUUAAUGUCUGGUAUAGCAGUUUACAAGUUGGAGUAGUGAAGCACAGAUAAUUGCCUCUUUCAUUUCAUCAAUUUCAGAAUUAUUAUUAUUAUUAUUAUUAUUAUUAUUAUUAUUUUUUUUUUUUUUAAAACUCUGUUUAGUAGUUAGUUGUGUUGAGAACUUCAAUGGCUGUUCUGUAUUCCCUAUUAUUUUCCCAAUUCUAAGUAUAUGAUGAUUGCAUACGA